AUGGACGGCGACGGUUCCGGUAGACUUAUCGGCUCCGAGAUUCAUGGAUUCCAUACCUUGCAAGAUCUUGAUGUCCAGUCAAUGUUGGAGGAAGCAAAAAGCAGGUGGCUUCGGCCAAACGAGAUCUACGCAGUCCUCUCUAACCCUCAAUACUUCACCAUCAAUGUCAAGCCUGUGAAUUUACCCAACAGUGGUAGAAUUAUAUUGUUCGAUCGUAAGAUGUUGAGGAACUUCAGAAAAGAUGGUCAUAACUGGAAAAAGAAAAAGGAUGGAAGGACAGUUAAAGAAGCGCACGAACACUUGAAAGUUGGUAACGAGGAAAGGAUUCAUGUAUACUAUGCGCACGGUGAAGAUCACACUACCUUUGUUCGAAGGUGUUAUUGGUUACUAGAUAAGGCUCGAGAGAACAUCGUCCUUGUACAUUACCGUGAUACACAGGAGGCAGCUACGACAUCAGGGGACUCAAACUCUCCAAUCUCUGUCUCUGAUAACUCAUCCCCAAAUCUUGUGACUACUGAAGAUAUUGAUUUUACUGUUAGAAAUCAUGAGGUUCGGCUUCAUGAUAUCAAUACGCUUGAUUGGGAUGAGUUGCUAGUGCAAACUGAUCCUAACAAUCAAUCUGCACCAAUCCUAGAUGAUAUGUCAUACUUCACAGAACAGCUCCAAAGUGCUACAAAUGGCUCUGCAGAGCAUGUGAAUGUGACCAUGACUGAUGAAUCUCUUGAUGCUUUGCUUAAUAAGGGUCCACAAAGCCGAGAGAGUUUUGGAAGGUGGAUGAAUUCCUUCAUCAGCGACUCUAAUGGUUCGCUGGAGGGUCCUUCCUUUGAAGCCAUGGUUACACUUGUGCAGGACCCAUCAGCUCCUCAAGCUGCAUAUCAUCCUAACUCCAAUGCACCUGAGCUAGUGUUUAACAUAACCGAGGUUUCACCUGCUUGGGCAUAUUCAUCAGAGAAAACAAAGAUUCUGGUAACCGGGUUCUUACACGACAGUUAUCAACAUUUGGGAAGUUCAAACCUUUUCUGUGUUUGUGGCGACUCGUGUGUCCCUGCGGAAUAUGUCCAGGCGGGAGUCUACCGUUGCUUCAUACCUCCGCACUCGCCUGGGAUGGUGAACCUCUAUCUUAGUGUAGACGGACACAAACCAAUCAGCAAAUGUUUCAACUUCGAACACUGCUCAGUUCCAGUUCUUGAUAAGACCGUCCCUGAAUACGAUCAAGAAUCCAAAUGGGAAGAAUUUGAGUUCCAAGUCAGACUUGCUCAUCUUCUAUUUACGUCUUCCAAUAAACUCAAUGUUUUCUCGAGCAAAAUCUCACCUGAAAACCUGCAAGAUGCAAAAAAACUCGGCAGCAAAACUUCUCAUCUCUUAAAUAGUUGGGCUUAUCUAAUCAAGUCCAUUCAAGGGAAUAAGGUGUCGUUUGAUCAAGCAAAAGAUCAUAUCUUCGAGCUUACUCUGAAGAACAGGGUUAAGGAAUGGCUUAUUGAGAAAGUGCUCGAAGGUCGCCACACACUGGAUUAUGACUCUAAAGGCCUCGGUGUGAUCCACCUCUGUGCCAUUCUUGGAUACACUUGGUCGGUGCAGCUGUUCUUGUUGUCAGGUUUAUCGUUGAAUUUCCGUGAUAAACAAGGAUGGACUGCUCUUCAUUGGGCUGCAUACUACGGAAGAGAGAAAAUGGCGGCUACUCUUCUCUCCGCUGGGGCAAAACCAAACUUGGUGACAGACUCGAGAAAGGAUAAUCUUGGCGGAUGCACGGCGGCUGAUCUGGCACAACAAAACGGGUUUGAUGGUUUAGCUGCUUAUCUUGCUGAGAAAGGUUUGAUUGCUCAGUUUAUAGACAUGAAAAUUGCUGGAAACAUCAGUGGGAACCUUGAAGCUUGCAAGGCGGAGAUGUCAAACCGAGGUGUUCUCCCGGAAGAUGAUCAGACUCUCAGGGACGCUUUGGCGGCAUAUAGAACAGCCGCAGAAGCAGCGGCUCGGAUUCAGGGUGCGUUUAGGGAAAAGGCCCUGAAGGCGGCUCGAUCAAGCGUAAUUCAGUUUGCCAACGAGGAAGAAGAGGCUAAGGGCAUAAUCGCAGCAAUGAAGAUUCAGAAUGCGUUCCGGAAAUACGAUACGCGUAAGAAGAUAGAAGCUGCUUACCGGAUACAAUGCAGGUUCCAAACAUGGAAAAUGCGAAGAGAGUAUCUGAACAUGCGGCGCCAAACCAUUAGGAUCCAGGCUGCUUUCAGGGGAUUUCAAGCAAGGAGGCAGUACAAGAAGAUAAUAUGGUCGGUAGGAGUAUUGGAGAAGGCAAUUAUCAGGUGGAGACUAAAGAGGAAAGGGUUUAGAGGACUCCAAGUGAGCCAAGGUGAAGCAGACGAGGAUCCUCAAGGUGGGGCAGAGGAAGAUUUCUACAAAACGAGUCAGAGACAAGCAGAAGAGAGGCUCGAGAGAUCUGUAGUACGGGUCCAAGCCAUGUUCAGGUCUAAGAAAGCUCAAGAGGAUUACAGGAGGAUGAAACUCUCUCAUGAAGAAGCUCAGAAAAAAAACAAAUCAGAGAGAUACUUUCUACUGGAGUUAACGAAUCUUGAUGAUGGUGUGAUACAGUUGGAGUACGAUUGCCUGCAAGAUAUUUGA